AAUUAGCUUGCUCUAACUAUAUCGCCUGCGAUAUUUCUGAAUUGAUACCACCUUCAAGAAAAACGAAGUCUCCAGAACAAUACUCGCUAGCACCAAAGGUCCUUUGGAAUUUAUUUGCAGAAAUGGAGACGACAUACUCGGCGGAGGAGCUGGCAGCGAUGCCGGACCGCAUCGCGGCCACCUUCAGCAACCGCUCCGUGUUCGUGACCGGCGGCACCGGCUUCAUGGGCAAGGUGCUCGUCGAGAAGCUGCUGAGGAAGUGUCCAGAUAUCAAGCAGAUCCUGCUGCUGGUGCGGCAGAAGAAAGGGAAGACGCCGCGCCAGCGCAUGGAGGACACACUCAACGAUCCAUUGUUCGAGAAAGUACGCACAAUGCGCGGUGGCAUCGAGCCUCUCCUAGAAAAGAUGACACUCAUCGCUGGAGACGCAAUUGAGCCAGAUCUUGGACUAAGUCCAGCUGAUCGUCAGAAGAUCAUUGAAGAAGCUGACAUCAUCAUACAUGCCGCUGCCACUAUCAGAUUUGAUGAGGAACUGAGGAAAGCGGUGUUUCUAAACGUGCGCGGCACUAAACUCGUAUUGGAGCUCGGGAAGCAGUGCAAACGACUUCUGCUAUUCGUCCACAUCUCUACCGCCUACUGCCAUCUCCACGAGAAACUUUUAGAAGAGAAGCCGUACCCUCCUCCAGCAGACCCUCACAAGAUCAUCCAGAUUAUGGAAUGGAUGGAUGAUGCUACUGUUGCUGCUGUAACACCUUUCUUACUGAAGAAGCUACCGAACUCCUACGCAUUCACCAAGGCACUUGGCGAAGCCCUCAUCGUUGAAGCCCUAGACAUUUUGCCGAUUGGCAUUCUGCGGCCCUCCAUCGUCAUCCCUAUUUACCAAGAACCACUCCCCGGCUGGACCGACAACAUAAAUGGACCAGCGGGACUACUUAUUGGGGCCGGCAAAGGCGUCAUAAGAAGUAUGUACUGCAAGAGCAACAGCUACGCUGAUUAUCUGCCUGUCGACAUUUUCAUUAACGGAAUCAUGAUUUGCUGCUGGGAGUUCAUCGAGCAGGGUAUCCAUAAUAUCAAGGUCGUCAAUUUCACAUCUUCAGCGGAGGUCAAGAUCACUUGGGAGGAGAUGAUCGAAGCUGGCAGAGAAAUCAUCUUGAACAAAGUACCACUCAACGGAGUUGCUUGGUAUCCCGGUGGAUCGAUGAAGCACUCUCGUCUGUACCACAACAUUUGUGUGCUGCUGUUCCACUGGCUGCCCGCCAUCUUAGUUGACUGCUUGCUCUGGUGUCUCCGCUACGAACCUGUCCUCUGCCGCGUUCAACGUCGCGUGACUAAGGGCUUCGAGGUGUUCGAAUACUACACCAACAACCAGUGGGACUUCCAUUCCGACAUCGCUCAGAAGUACAGAAAUGACCUAAAUCCACGGGAAAGGUUGGAGUAUAAAGUGGAUGCCAGUGGUGUAGAUAUCUCCCGUUAUUUCGAGGACUGCAUCUUAGCAGCGCGGCGCUAUAUCCUCAAGGAGACAGAUGACACCAUUCCCGCCGCCAAGAGACACAUGAAAGUGAUGUGGUGCGUUGACAAGCUGUUCCGCAUUUGUUUUUGGGCGCUGCUGCUGUACUGGAUCAGCGGGUGGUUCUCUUCCACCCCCACCGCCGUCCCUGAAGCGAUCUCCACAUAAUCUCGAUGCUUCAUACAAAAUAGACGAAGACGUCAUACAAAAUAUAUAAAAUAAAAUAAAGAACUCAACGCUAUAUCAAGUGCUGAUGAGCUUGAAUCCGAUUUUGACAAAAGAUUACUAACCACAUUCAAAUCGAUUUACCCAUUUAAGAGCUACGGCGCCCCAAAAAAACACACAUACACACACGUACCGAUAAAAUAUAUAUAAAAAUAUUCCGAAUUUUGAAACACAGACGAAAAUCGCGUCAUCUGAUACCUAUGUCAUUGUUUUUUUUUAUACUACGUCGGUGGCAAACAAGCAUACGGCCCGCCUGAUGGUAAGCAUUCUCCGUAGCCUAUGUACGCCUGCAACUCCAAAGGAGUUACAUGCGCGUUGCCGGCAACCUUACUCACCGGCAGGAACACAACACUAUGAGUAGGGUCUAGUGUUAUUUGGCUGCUGUUUUCUGUUUAUUGUAACUUUAUCCAUGUAUAAUGAGGACCCCGCAGCGUAAUUAAGAUGCAUCCACCUUUUUGUGAGCCAUUUCAUUUAAAGUUAUACACUAUUCUUUUGUAGGAUUUGGAGUAGGUGGUAUCACUGCACUCCAAUGUUCUGUCACCAGAGUGCAGGACUAGUACAAACUGUAUACUUGUAAAACGCCGUAAACAGUAUUUAGACAAGUUUUCACAUAUUAAUAAAGUGCUAGUCGCGCUCUUUACGCAAAGUUUUGCGUGAUAUUUCGUAUUUUUAUGUUAUGUACUUAUGUAUAAUGUAAAUAGAAACAUAAUGACACUCACAUCACAAUACCUAUUUUACAUAAUUAAAUAUAUUAGAAGUAACAUACACCUAUUCCUCACAUGUACCCUAGUCUGUAUAUUCUCGGAAUGGUUAACUACACCACUCUUGAGACCAGAAGAAAUGUGGCACUAGUAAAAUAUUUUUAUCUUCUGAUUCGUGGCCAAAUACAUAACCCUCAGUUGCUAGCAUUGGUUCCGCUUCGAGUACCUGUCCACAGCAGUAUUCAACUGCGCCCUCGUCGCCGCGCACUGUUCGCAGUCCCGGCGGCGCGGACCCGGGCAUUAUCUCACUCACCGCUGCACCGCGCAUUGUCUCUCUUGAAUGAUAUAUUGGACAGCGACAGCAAACUAGAUAUAUU